AUGACGUGCGAGUUGAUGACAAGUGCAGUCAUGGGUGAUAAAGCUACUCAGUUUAGAAAAGACGAAUUCUCACACAUUUUUUUCAAUCAGUUUGCACUUACACUUUAUGAAAAGCCCUAAUUGCCAUUUACGCCUAUUUUUGAACCUGCAAGGACAUUUUUGAAUUUCUAUUUUGAAUACUUUCUUUUUUUUCAAACUUUGCAGCGCAUCAUUCACUAGUCAAUAUCUUUCUAGUAUCAUUAUGACCCUCAAAAAGUAUAAAUUAAGAUAGUUUUAGCCGAAAUUUCACAGGAUAGUGUAAUUAUCUGCCAAAGAUUUACGACCCUUCUCAUUCUCGAAAUUUAACGCUCAUAACGCACGAAGCGCCGCAAGAAAGGCUUUGGUUUCUGGCCAGCUAAGGGCAAAUUCAUUGAGAAUUUGUUGACUUCUUUGCAGACGUUGCUGCCAUCGAGCCGUCAGAAUCAUUAAAAGAUUGCAUCUGGGAAGGUCCACCUCUCAUUACUAUUCUCGUAAAGCCAAAAGGUUUUUCUUCCUUUUCCGCUUGUUAAUUGAUGAGACAGAUGUGAGGGAUAACAGAAUCAGUUUUAACUUUCAUGGUGAAAUGAACCGAUUAAAAAAAAAAUCGAAUUUCGCGUAAUAAAUUUAAACACAGCGUUAACAUCUCAUGCCGUGUUCAAAGUAAUUUCCGCGAAAUGGUCUCUGACCCUCCAAAAUUCAGUUAUCUUUCUCUUUCUCUGACGGCUAUUUUGAAUUUCGCGGAAUCACUUUGAACACGGCAUCAAAGUUACUCUGAUUGAACUUUUUGGUGCGAGACAUGCGCUCCAGUGCAUCUACUGUAACAUCGCGCAUCGAAGCCCAUUGAUUUCAGCUCCCAGCUCACGAUUUAAUUCCAUAUUGUUUUUUUUUUUCAUUUAAUUAUAUAGCUGAUUCACGGCCAGCUUGGGACGCUAAGUGGGCGUGUCCUGUUUGCGCUCUCCACGAGCCAGGCGCUGUCUCGUGCAUUAUCGUGCCAGGACCAUUUUUCGAUGGCUCAAGCCAGCCGUGAAUCAGCUAUAGAUAACAGUUUUGUUUAGUUCCGCGUUCAAUGUUAUUUCGGCGAAAUAGAAGUGAUAUCUUCCUCUAAAAAAAAUUUUCGGAGUCUUUUUGACUAUCUGAAUUUUAUUUUUUUAUUUCAGCGAAAGAUAGUGAAUAACGUUUCGCUAAUUUUUCAAAAGAAUAAUAAAAACCGAAGGUUUUUUUCUUGGAUAUCGACUAGUUUUCCCAUAAAACUAGAGAAUUUUCCUUUUUUUUUGUAACUUUUUAUUUUAAUUUUGUUUCUCUGAUAACAUUUUCAAGCACUUUUGAAACACCACUGAAGAAAGUCUUGAAUUUGACAAACUUGAACUGGUAAUGGCUCUGAAAAUUAGUGUCAUCGACUGAUGAAUAUUCGUACUUUCUGCUUUCGCUUUAACACCACUCCUAAGUUGCAGACAGAAGCCGUGAUCAGAAGAAGGGCGGGAGCAUAAGUCGACUCGAAGGGCAUGGCGAACGAGGCGCCUGCGUUGCCGCUCUUCCACCACAUUCGCGGCAACCAGCUCAUCCGUCCGGUAGGCUUUGGUUUUGGCGAAUGAGAAGGGUGUUUUUUUAAAAAUAGAUCUGGAACUUUCCUAAAACCUUAGUUUCUUCAUCCUGAAAGUUUUAUUUGUCCUGCGAUUACCACGAUUUGAGGCACUUUGUUUUGAAAAUUCCUGUUGCAGUUCAUGUUUCAACUCUCGUUUGAAGAUCAUUUUUGCUCGAGACUAUUUCUCUGUUUUUAUACUCAAAAGUAUCAUUGCAACAAAAUUUCAAAAAUUAUUGGACUGGACUCAUCUGAAAUGUUUUGUACAGAAGCCUCUUGGCGACUUUUUUUUUCUCGAAACUUGCCUCUCGCUGGUAUGCAAACUCAAUAAAUAUUUUUGAAAAGUAGUACUUUUUCUUCAAAUUCAAUCAUUUCCAAAGGUGCUAUAGUCGAUUCACGGCUGCCUCGAAGUAAAAUUCUUGACAAGAGUAAAAAAAAUUGAUGCUUGGUGGGUGGAGAUGUCUCGAGGUAAAAACAUCAUAACGAACAAGAAUAAAAGAUUUAUGCAGCCCUAUUCUCUCGUCUAUAUCUAAAAAGAUAGAUAAUUUGCAGAGCCGAGGCUUUUCACACAAACGGCUCCAGUUUCCGCAAAAUUAACUCUGGCAGUUUUUUUUGGUUCUCUGGCCUAGUUCGAUUACUUGAGAUAAUCCAUUUAGAAAAAUCUUGUUAGGCGCCGCCAGAAGGGAGUUCACAAUUCUCGAAUUUUCGUUUUGGCUCAUUAUCUUUUACUUUUACGGCUGCUACUAAGGUUCCCAGAAGGGAAAAUUAGGGCUAUUGAUUACCCGCUAACAGUUUCCCUGAUUCAGCAGAUAAUCUUCUUUGAAGACUGAAUAAGAAUUAAGUUUCAAAGGGAGAUGUUUUACUUCAAGAAGCUUUUGCUUUCGGUUCCUCGGAAGGCGCUUGGAAGCUCCCCAACAAGUGGUCAAACGCCUUCCACAGAGCUUCCCAACACCUUAUUUAAAAAAAAAACCUUCCUGAAGCCUUCCAGAAAGCUUCUGGCAAGUGUUUUCCAAUUUUACGUCCCUAAUACAUUCCAAAUACCUUCCUAACACCUUUCCAAGGCUUUACCUAGACCUUCUAGCUUCCCUACAUCUUCCAGCCUCCUGCUAGAUACCUUCUCAAUACCUUCCCAGGAAUCGCCUGAGAUGGUCAUGAGACAGUCACCAACUAGAUAUUCACUAUAGUGAUAUCUUCACUUUUUGUGUGCUCAGGCUAUUUUAUUGGCUUCACCUUGUCAGUUAGAGUAGGAGGACUGCCAAAGAGGUCUUUUCAAAGGUGUGAUUUGAAAGCUAAAAAUCUCGAAAGUUCGUAUCCACUGAACUGAAAGCAUGCGCAAUUAUGGAAGAUUUUCAUUUGGACUCAAAGUUUUUUUUGGGGGUGAGUAAUAUAACAUUGGAGCUUCUCUUAAAAAAAUGAAACAAUGUACCUUUUUUUAAAGGGUCAUUGUCAAAGAGAAAUAUUUUUCGAAAUUUCACUUUUUGAAGAUUUUUUUGAAAACCUGCGUUAGAGAAAAAAAUAUUAAGUCUAAUCUCGUAUUUUUUUAAAACCCUUUGGAAACCCUUUUUUUCAAAAAUGAGAAAUUUUUUUUAAAAUGGGUGGAACGGAAGAAUAAAAGUUGAUUCGAACAUAACCAAUAUUUUUUUACUAUUAAUUUUCUCCAUUUUUUUCAAAUAAUUUUUCCUUGUUACUUCAAAACACGGUAUGGACAGAUUGUCAAGGGACAGCUUCGAAAUUUUCCAUUAGGGCCCAAGAUAAAGUCGAAUACGUAAAACGGAUACAGAUCACCUUUGGGUUCCCAUGGUGACUUUUUUUCUCAAGUAAAACUUUGGUGGCCGUUUCUCACGGCGCUGCCUUUUUUCGUCUUGAAAAUCAAGAAAUAAAAUUUUGCUGCUUUUCCUUCUCUUUGUAAGCAACUCUGACCUUUCUAUCGUUGCCAAAAAACGUUAAUCAUCGUGUUUUAAUGGGACUUUUUUUUGCUUCUGCAUUGCGUGCAUCAAGAAAUUUCUGGCGUUUUUACUCUCCACAUACCCCGUUGUUGCUUGAAAAUCUCAUCCUUAAAUCAAAUUUCCCGCAAAAAUGUUUUGAAAGACGAACAGGGCGGUUGUUAAGAAAGAUAACACUUGAUUUGGUACGGAAAGGAUGAUGACAGUUUUGCAAAAAAAAAGGUCUUUAAGAUCGUUGUAAUUUCGUUCUUCAACUUUUUUUUUGUUAAAAAUUUAGACGGGAGGAUAGGAAAAAAAAUCUCAAUGAAUCAAUUUAGGCAUACGUGGGAAACCAUGUUGAAAAAAAACCGCCAUAACUUCUUUUCUUAACUAAAGUCGGUACUAUCCUGAAUUAGAGUUUUGAUUUUUAAACGCUACAUCUUGAAGUUCAAAGUCGAUUUUCUUCCAUAUUCCACAAAAUUUUAGUCAUCCAAUUUUCUCGGUAAAAUUUACUUUUCAUUUGCACACGUAUGGCUCUCGGUAGAGCAUGUCCAAACUUUUUUUUCAUUCAACUUCUGAAAAAGUAAGUAUUCAACAUUCAGUUAGCGAAUCUCCAACUUUUUUUUCUGUGGAGAAUGAAGAAGGCUGAAGCCUUUUUUAGAGGAACCCGGAGUAGGUUUUAGAAAGAUAUGUCUUCCUAAAUCUGUCGACUUCUGUCAACGGAAAGACGAGAGUAGAAAAAACCAGGAGACGAAGGAUCAGGGUGGCCAUUAGAGCCGCGGCUCGUGAAUUAUUAACAAAAUCAGACUCUAUUUGUCUUUUCUCAGAUAUUUCUCCAGGCAGCCUACUUUUAGUUUCUGUUUUUUAUCUUCCGCCUGGCUCAGAAAGUAAUAUAUAGCGCAUAUAAAGAAAUACAUGGCUGUUCUAGAUGUUUCACAGAAAAUAUUUUUUAUUUGUACUUGAUACUGCGUUUUGUAGUUAACCUAGCUGCUACAACUUUUGGAGUAGCGCCACUUUUUCUGUUUCCUUCUUUCAGACUGACGGACGGCCCCCUUUCUUCAAAUAUUUUCCUACAAUUAUCAAAAUUCACUCUGACGUUCAAUUGCUCCAAGCAAUUUGCCUCACUUCCCGAGAAACUUUUUUGCAUUUAACCCUUGGCAGAGAAAUUUCUUUGGCUUAUUCUGUUUCCUGGCACCUCAAAGGAUCUCUUCGUAGUUUAAAACUUUUCAGAAAAGCAAUAAUUGUCUUAUUUUUAAUACAAAGGGAACGUUUUACAAGGUUUCUAUUUAAUCUGAGAAGAUCUCUUCCAUUCAGAGUUACUAUAGUGACAAUCAGCAAAACCGCUCUGACUCACUUCGCUGGAGAUGAAUCAGCCUCGUUUUCAAGGUUCUAUCACAACGUAAAAACAACUUCCGCUCAUUAAGCAUUGUUUUUUUGCUGUUCUUCGAAAGCGUGAAUUAAAGUUAAAUUAAUAAUUUUGCGAUAUUACUCAUAGUUUAUAUUCUCGCAUUGGCGGGGUUCUUUUUACUUGCAAAACCCUGAAAAGUUCCAUAGUUAGAUGGUGAAACAGUUUGGAUUUAAUUUUUCCGUGAACAAAGUUUUGAGAAGUUUUUCGAUUGUUAGACUUCAAAAAAAUUUGGAUGGACUUUCUGGACAACAGAAAAAAAAACUUUGAGAAAGAAAAAGAGAAAAAGCCUUCUCAAAAGAGAUGUUCGUACAGUUUCAACUGGAUUUUUCACAUCAAGAAAUGACUAAAAUACAAAAAUAUCAUCUUAACUGUGUUCUGCUUGAAGGCUCCUUUUUUGCUGCCUUUUGACGCCAUUUUCUCGGCCCUUAUGCACCAUUUUUGCGGUCUCUCUCUUUUUUCACCAUUUUCUGAGCUUCUGAAGUUCUAAAAAAAAUGUAAGGCUCGAUAAAGGGAUUCUUUUUGCUGCCUUUCUGCGGUCUUUAUUGAGCUUCUCACUUUUAGCGACCAUUAUCCACCAUUCCGACCCUCAGAUCACUGUUUAACUUUAUCAUCCCUGUCGUAGCUCCUCCAUUUAUUAAGAGAAACCUUUAAUUUUCUUGUCAUCUUUUCUUUCUUUCAUUAUUUUAAUAAAAUUAUCGCGGCUGAACGUAGACUCAUGAAAUUUAUUUUUCGCUCGGAUGUAUAUCCUGUUUUGCUUCGGAGAUAGAGCUAGAAACUUUUUGCGCAACCAAAUCGUAUAAAUAUCUUUCUUUUUUUUUCGCUGCAUUCCACGGAAUUUCAGCACACGACGUUUACGACGGUGGAAUCCGAAACGAUGCUCUAAUUGUUGCAAAACUCGAGAAGCACGGGAAUAAAAGCGACGCGCGGCUUCUCCGCUUUCUCCUACUCGAAUCGUUUCUCCUUCUCAUUGCUUUUUGCGCUGAAAAAAAAGUUGGAAUAACUAAAAAAAGAAAAAUCAGUUGAAUUUUUUUCAUUUUUGAUUUUUUUAAAGUUUAUUUCGAAAUAAGUAUCAAAACCAAUUAAAAGAGGUCGUUUUAUUUUUUUCGUAUGCCACUCCUUCUAAAUGCGUUCUUGAGAAAAAGAUGAACUGAAAAAUGAUUUGUUGUAUUUUUUGUAUUUCAAUCGAACUUCUGUGUAAACGGUUCAUUAUUGCGUUUGUAUCAAAACAACAAACAAAAAUGACCGAAAAAAAGCAUUUUCUAUCGCGUAAAGGUGCGGGGCUUGCGAUCUCCUUAACAGCCUCAGUUUUCAACUUUUGUGUUCAUCAACUCUUCCUGUGGGAUUGACGAAGAUCUGUACUUUUUUUUUCCGUAUGGAACCAACUGUCAUCUUUUAUUGCGCAUUUUUCAACAGCUUUAUACUAGAACACAGCCUAUUUCGUUUCCGCUUUUCAUUUCUGUAGGAUAUAUUUCUCGCAAACUCGAAGUUUCUUGUCAGCAAUUUUGGAGCGAUGGUCGACUUGCGAUUAUUCACUCCGAGCGUCCGGCAAACCGAGGUUAAUUACUUGUAAAUGAAAAAAUAUGAGUAUUUUCACUAUGAUUAAGUAAAAUAAAUAGGCAAAGUCGGAAAGGCUCCAUAGAAAUGUUCCUUUUAGGGUGACAAAGGUUCCUUUUUGCUGCCUUUUGCGCCACAAAGGUUCCUUUUUGCUGCUUUUUGCGCCACGUUUUUGCAAUGUCUAUGGGUGGAUUAAUACUUAUAGGGAGGACUUUUAAAACUUUCCAGAAUGAGAAUAAUGUAGUUGAUUUCUAUGGGUUUAAACAUUUUGAUAGAAGAAUUUGAGCCAGAAGACGGCGAGCCGCAAACGAUUCAUCCCAACAAAGAGCAGCUCACGCGGCGCCACGCCAUCGUUCCCGAACAGGUCAGUCUUCUUUAUAUCUUUUGGCACCUAAAAAGUCAAAAAGCCGUUCUUAAAAAUUUGGUUUGAAGAUCUUUUUUGGCGAAGACUAGAUUUCUUUUUCUUGAAAAAAUCGAUUUAUAGCAAAAAUAGUAUUUAAGAAAAGCUUUACAGAAAAUCUGAAAAAUUAAAAAUAAAGUUUCAAAUCCCAUUAGGAACUGCAGAGUGGUCCCUAUAGGGGCAACCUUAGAGGCCCUUGAAGUCUUCUAGGAACCACUUUACCAACCCAUCUAGAGGCCGCUAAAGUUACAAAAGGGGUCCCUAUAGGGGACAUGCUGGUCAAUAAUUGUUAAGAACCCUAAGCGAAGAAGCAUUUCCAUGGGAAUAAAACUGAAUAAAUAAGCAUUUUUUGAAGGAAAUUGAAAGAGGGUCCACUUAAGGUUUAGGGCUAAGAGGCCAGACUUUAAACCCCUAUAGGGAUCCCUAAUUUUACCCCUAUAGGGACUUCUUUUUGGCCCCUUUGUAGUUUGUUUUCUCUCCUAACCCCUAUAGGGACCACUCUGGGAUUUCCAAGCAACUCUCAAAAGUCUUUUAUACUUGAAAAUCAAAAAUAUGGUUUAAAAAAAGGCAAGUUUUUGCAGCCAACGGAGCACACGGAAUCGUAAGUUGCAAAGGAAGAGGACUGAAAUCAAGUGUCAGGUCGCACGACGGAUGCUGCUCCUCGGACAACGUCAUCAUAGUGCCGCACGUCCAGAUCUCGCCUUCGCAUCUCUACAACCGGGCCAUCAGCUCUGGCGGCGGCCUUCUCGCCGGUCUCUCAUUUUUUUUUUUCGUAUCAGAAUCAAUUUGAUCGGGAAAGGCUCUUCAUCGAGUUUUAAAAAUACUGUGCAAUAAGUCUGAGCGUGAUCUCGGGAGAAAUUAACAAUUUUUUCCAUUCACAAGAGGUUUUCAGACCGUGGAAACAAGAUUUCAACGAUUGGUUGGCUUUUUCAACAGUUUUUUUACCCUUGUGCCUCCCUCUGCAUGUCAUUUUCAAACAAACCCCAAGCCUAAUUUAUUUUGAAAAGCGAUUUUGUGAUUUUUAACAAAGGCUUUCAGAGUAGAAUAAAAUUGACUUAAAAAAUAGCUAGAUUCAAUCCUUUUGCGGAGAAGAAUCUGCUCUUUCUUCUUUUUUUCGUUACAAAAAAAAAAAGAAACGAAAAAAAAGCGAAAAUUCGAAAAUUGGCGAUACGUGUUGUCCAUAGAGCGACUUUACUGCGAAACGCCCUUUUUGGCGGGAACUCAAACUUUCCUCCCUCCGACUUUGAAUAAUUUUUUACUUCAAAACUAGGAAGUUCUGUACGUUUCCAAGUUCACCGUUCGAUUCGCAAUGAAAAAGUUUACAAAGUACUGAUUUUCUCUGAAACACCGUUUUUUUUACUGCCCCUAGGCCUUUAAUUCAGGUGAAAUGAUUAUAAUACCUAGAUCAUAGACUUGCAAACUAGCUGUUAUAAUAAGCGCGAAUUCACAUGCAAAUUUUAUCCUCAGAUCUUCAAAGAGCGACGAUCGCCUCGCAAGCGUUUUAUGCUGAGACGUCAGAACCUCACAAAACCCGCUCGCCGUGGAUUUUGAAGCGACUGGUAACUCUCUAGUCGCGACGGAAAUAAGCUUUUGGUUAAGUACGACUGGUCGAACCGGGCCAAACGUCGUGAAAUAAUCAAGCAUGUGCAGGCGGCUCUGUGCACGCACAGCGAACAAGAGAUCGAAGACGAGGAACUCGAAAAACUUCUGGUUGGUUGUCGAAGAAAGAAGAUCUGAUUUCGAUCGCAGGUGAUCGCCUACGAGGAAAUGUUCACGACAGAAGGAGGCCCCGAGAUACCUACCUCCCGGCAGAAAUACUUGCAGGCCGUCUGGGAACUCUUCCACUCCGAGCUCAUCUUCCUCAUCCGGCAACUUUUAGUUCUCCGGUAAAGUAAAGCCAAAAUCCCAAAUCUGACCCAUCCUACAGCAACGUAUACAAAGAGCCGUUGAAGCGAUGUCAGGUCGAAGGAUGUCUGCUGACGGUCGAGCCGGACCUUCUUUUCGGCAACCUGGACCAGCUCUGCCGCAUCUCGCGUCAUUUCUGCCAGAAUUUCCUCUCCCUACUCCCACAUGUCGUUGACUUCGAAUGCACGCCGCUGGUCGUCGAGCUCUUCCAGAGAGUACAGUUUCUCCCGAAUAUUUCUCUCAAAUUGUUCGCUUUCAGUUUUCCAAAGGUCCCUCGACGAUAUCAGCCUACCAGGCGUAUUGCAUCAACUAUAAAGCAACUAUGGAGUACCUCGGCUCCAUCCGGCAGAAAGACGAACGAUUCGUCGAGUUUGAAAGGGUUUUUUUAGUUAUAGUGUAUCCGCCGCGGCUUGACAGUUCUCGCGUGUCUGCGUCUCUCUGUUCCCUCACCGGAGAGAUCAGAAAAGCAUGAAAGAGGGGUCGCCGAGGGACGAAGAGGGCACCUUUCAAGUCGCGAAAAACGAAACCUGUGAAACUUGAAAAAAAAAUCACAUUUUUGCAGGUUUGUCUGACGGAUGAAAGAUGUUCUCGACUUCAACUGGAAGAUCUUCUUAUUUCUCCUUUACAACGGUCGAGCUCUCUUUCAAUUUUUUUCAUCCAAUCAAUUUUUAGAAUAACUCGUCUUCCAAUACUAUUGAGAGAGAUAAUGAAACACACGCCGGAAGAGGAAAACAAGAAGAAAGUGGAAAAAGUUAUCGAAACGAUGACCGAAUCUUUGCGUGAGUUGAGACUUUUCAUACAUACAGGAUCUCAAUGAAAAUUGUUGAAAAUGGCGUUUUUUUUGGAUCAAAGUGAUCCCGCAAAAUUCUAAAUAGCCGCCAGAGAGGGAAAAAUAUAACUGAGUUUCGGAAAUGCAAGGAUGGUUUUGAAUUUCGCGAAAAUAACUUUGAACACGGUAUGUGCAAGAGCGCCGCAGUGUGUGAACACUACACACUAAACUUUACGGAAAAAUAUGGGCGGGGCGUCGUAAAAAAAAAACGCCGUUUUGGUUUCGCAUUUUCUUUCACUAUAGUCUGUUCAGAUUUUGAAUGUCAAGUCCUCGCUCAAGCUCCGCCCCCAAUGGCGCGAUAAACCAAUCAGAGGGCGAGCCAUCCACAGAGCGUUUCCGAACGACGUCAUUCUACUUGAAAUUCAAAAUCUGAACGGACUAUAACAAAAACGCCAUCAGGAUCUUUUACAGAUUUUCAUCAAACUUUAGAAAUAUCACACACAAAUUAAAGGAAUAAUUUAGUACUUUAAGUGUGAGAAAGAACUUUUCCUUACGGAAAGAUUUUUUCAGGAUCGAUCGAUGACAGCGUCCAGUGGCUACACAACUUCGAACGCCUGCAGCAGCUGCAGACGCAGGUCGUCUGGCCGAGCAUCAGCGAACUCGAACCCAAGAGCUUCAUCCCCGACGUGAGAACUCUUUUUCCCUUCCAACGGUUCGUGCUUUCCAGUUUCUGCGCGUGGCACUGUCGCGGCAGUUCUGUGAGAAUUUGUUGGCUCAUCCGAGACGGAAGCUCAUUCACGAGGGUCCCCUCGAACUCGUCGGUACGACUUCUGAAACUCUUCGAAAAUUGAAAAAAAGCUUAGAGAGUGGUAGGACUGUCGACGUAUACGCCUUCUUGUUCAACGACAUGUUCGUCUUGUCCAAGACGAAGAAAUGCGUCAAGCGCGGUGCAAGUUUAUUUCCUUCCUUGAUUUAUAACUGGAUUCUCAGAUUUCUUUGGCUUUAAUAAUAGUAUUUAGUUAGUCAGAACAAAAUAACCUGAACAAGAGUGAUUUUAAAGAGAGAAAGUUGGCAAAUAAGCCUGAAAUCAGGCUUGUCCGAGGGCCUGCCCGGCUUUAGCAAAAAUGGCCGGCCCCGCCCAAGAUGCUAAUUUUGUCUUCUAGUCAUAAAUAGUUUUUUUUUUUGGGCGGAUUUAAAAAUCUAGCAAUUUUUUGCUUUCCAUUCCAGAAUGAAUCGUCAUCCUAACGCUAGGAAACAGUUUAAAAACCGAGAAAGUUUGAAUAAUAUCGAAAAAGUUUUUUACGCUUAUAAAUAACGCAAAGUUUGAGUUUCAAGUCAUAAAUAGUUUUUUUCAUAGUGCCAUUGGAUUCCCUCUCAGAAUUGAUGUUUUUGAGUUUCAGAAGACCGGGGCGAGCAAAAGCGAGUUCUACGUGGUUCAACGUCAACCGGUUCCCUUGGAUUCGUGUGUUUUCUGCGAUGCUGACUCUUCUGACGUCACCACCUCCAGUUCGUUUUAAUGGGUUUUUUUUUUAUAAAACACCGUUCAUGGUGAGCUUGUUUCAUUACUGGUUUUUCAACUUAACUUUGUUUUCUUGGAUCUGUGAAGACAUACCGAGUGCAAAAUUAAUAAGCUUUUGCAGAAUGCUCAACAUCGCGUGGUUUGUGUUUUCAAUAUUCCCAAAUUAGUUUGCCAACGGCCCUGUGACUUACAAGUAAGGAGGUGUUGAAGGCAGAUUUACAGUGGCUCUCAAGUUCGCAUUUGUCAUCAUUCACCUCACUCGUUACUACCAGGUUGUCGGGGUCCACACGCUCCAGGCGGCCGACAAAACUGACAAGGUAUAGGAAGAUUUCAAAGUCUGGUUUUGGAAGUACUGCAGAUCUCGACUGAUUUGUCAUUUUCUCGAGGUUUCCGAGUAAUCGGAAAAAAACUUAUAUGAACAUAGACAAGGGUGGAAGAAGGCUCCAUAGAGAUGUUUGUUUCUUUUAGGGUCACAAAGGUUCCUUUUUCGCUGCUUUUUGCACCAUUUCAUCGGCUUUUAUGCGCCCUUUUUGCUGCCUCUCCCUUUUUCCACCAUUUCUUGAUCCUUUAAAAUCCCAGAAUCGCCUUUUUGCGGCCUUUUUUGAGCCUCUCCCUUUUUGCUGCCUUUCAUUAUCCACCAUUCCGACUUUACCCGAGUAAAUUACUGAAGACCAUUCAUUCUUGUUAAAAAAAAACUCACAUUAGAACACCCUAAAAAGAACUUUGGACAUUGCCUAAGGACUUUUAGGACCUGUGGAUCGAGAAGUUCCAAGAAUCAAUCGAGAACUACGAAUCGAUCCAACUGAAAGACAUGCUCAAGUGCACCCCACUAUUCUCAAGUCUCAGUCUGCGCAGGUAGGACUUCCCCUUCUCCUCAAUUAGCAACAGUUCGAUUCUCAGGUGCUCCAGCUCGCGUCUCAUGUCCAAAUCAGAGCUGCGCGAGUCUUGUGACCUAUCCACCAAGGAUUGA